CCGUUUGAAGAGAAAUUAAAAUGAUUUCAAUUGCCUACAAGAAAAACCCUAUCGACUCCAAUUUGGAGUGGGAAGCAGUUUCCUCCCGACUCGACCAUGGCACUGUUCCAGUUGAGGAGUAGAAUUCCAUUAUCAUUUUAUGCAUUUAAGUGGACAAAGCAACAUCAAUAUCCAAUUGCAAUUGAUAGAGCUCUGCCAUUCUACCGGGAGCAGUUGAACUGUAUUUCCUGUUAUCACUGCCAAAUUUCAGUACCCAGGUCUGGUGUAGACAUCAAUUCACUCUUGGGUGGUCAUUCUAGAAGAGUGGAGCGCUUAAUCUACAACAGUCUCAGAAUUGGAGGGUCUCGGUCAAUUGUUGGCAGGAGCAAACCCUCUGAAGGAUUUGGAAAUGGUAAACGAGGAGAUGAAGAUUAUAGGGAGGCCUGGGAAAGAGAAAUGGAUGAAGCAACUUGUGUCUGGUCUGCGAGUGAUUCAGAUGACUCAGAUGACGAGAAACUGCGCUCUGAGGCAGUAAAGAGACAUUAUAAUUUGACUGACAGUGACGAUGACAGUAGUGAUGAAGACAAGAAAAAGGAUAAAGGGAAGGAACAGGAUGUCAAAAUUAUAUUUGAUAAAGGUGAAGAUAUAGACGGAGAUGCUAGUGAUGAAUUGAGGAGUGUAUGGUCUGGGAGUGAUGAAGAAAAGACUUUGUGGUCGGGCUCCGAAGAUGACCUUGAGGAUGAUACUCCUACUCUGGCAAAACCACAUGAAAAAAGUGAUCGCUAUUUGGAUCAGAUUUUUGAGUUUGAAGAGACUCCCAAGCUCAGAACUCUUUCUGAAAUAAUUAAUGGGAAAGCUAAAAAGGAGGAGCUUAAUCCUGGUAGACAAGCAAGGAAGCUUGCUAUGCAAAAUGCCCUGAAGAAGUUGAAAAAAGGUCCUGAUGGAAGGUACAUUAAUGUUGAUGACGUACUGACUGACAUGGACGUCUUAAUAGGAUCAUUUGAGGAAGUUAUAAAUGAACCUGAGUAUGCAGAUCUUAGAGCAGGAGGGCCCAAGAAACUCAAUAUGCAGUUUUUUAAGGAUUUGCAGGAGAGUCUGCGAAAUGGAACCUUCGAAUUCUCUCCCGAGCUGCAACUGAAACCAAAGAGCCGAUUUGUGUUGAGGAAAAAAUAUCUAAGAGCCAAAUCCAGAGAGAGGAAACGGAAGUAAACUCCACAGGAAUUAUGGUCAUUGGAAAUUUAGUUAUUUUGUUCUUCGCGACUAGCUUGACUGAAUCCUAAGUUUCAACUGCACGAAACUUCCUCUGUGAUAGAAAAAGGUGUUUCUAUUUCACAUGGGAUAUACUUAAAUGUAUAUACCCCACAAUCAGAAAUUUCUUAUACUAGCUCAAGAUGCAAAUGUGAUGCUUUCAGAAAUUUUUAGGUCUGACACAUGACGUAUUUUAGGCGUGAGCUGUUUUGUGGCAGACUGUGUACAGGUCAAUGUUAAUAACCUUUUUGUUUGUGGCAUUGAUUUCAAUUUUAAAACAUCAGAUGUUGGGAUGGUAUAUCUUUCCCUUGAAUGUUAUAGGAUACGAAGCAAAUUUUAUUAGCAAUUCA